CGGCGAGGCAGACGCGUCUGUCGGGUCGCUCCGCUUGAACUUGUAUUUUUCCCUACCUUUACGACAAUUUUGCGCUUAUAAACGCGUCUUGAUUAAUACGAUAGGUAAAUACAUCCAAUAUCUUGACAGUCUUGCCAAGUUUAUUGGAUUUGAGGUGUUAUAGAGGCGAAAUUUCUGCUUGAAAAUAUCGGCAACAGUUGAACAAAGACCCAAGCCGUCGACCCAAGCGACAACAUGGAAACCGACGCCCGAGCACCCGGAGAGCUUUAUCGGCUCCUAGGGACGACCACUGAUGCCACAGAGGAAGAAAUCGUCCAUGCGUACAAGGAGAAAGUGAAGAUCUACGAGAAGACCACAAACACAGCUAAGGACAAGCGUCUGUUGAAUACAGCCCGACAACAGUUUGGUGAGGUAAGCAAGGCCUUCUAUACGCUUUCGGACAAACAUCGACGGGAACUCUAUGAUCAGACGCACCAGAUAACUGAGCCUGCUACACGUGACAGGAAAACAAAACCAAAUGACGAGUAUUUCGUGCAGUUUAACAAGGAAAGCGUAACUGUACAUUUACCUGUGGGAUCGUCAAAACAGUGGGUAGACGCUAUCGAGACGCACUACGGAACAACUACAAUCGACAAAGGGAGAAAUGGCCACCAGCUGACUGUUCCGUUUCUCGAGUCCGAUUCGAACGAAGCAGUAGGAUCAGUUACCUUACAUGUGUAUCAAACUUGUAAGAUACUUGUUCAAGGAUCGGCGUACUUUCUGUGGACGAAGUACACUUUCGAACACUUAAAACCACUGAUCCAGUCACUGACGGUCGCCGGCUCCGACGUCCGAUGCGAGGACACGGUUUGUAGCGAAUGUAACCGCCCGGGCCCAGAAGACGAGGGGGUUAUACAGUGCAACGCAUGCCACAAAUGGUAUCACUAUGGUUGUACUGGACUACACGAAUCCUCUCUCGGUGAGCUUAUCCAGAAUGAAGACAGUGAAUAUGUGUGUAAUGUAUGCGUUACGGAUAAGUCCAAACCGCCAGGCCCGACUGACGUGAGUUUGGUAACUAAUCAUGAGACAUGUGUGGAAACCGUCCCGACGGUGUGUGAGGAAACCGUUCCGAAGGUACCUGUGGAUGACGGGAAUAACAACAGAACCACAACAUUACCUCAAAACACUGAAACUAGAAAUGAUGACAAAAUCACAUCGCUUCAAAACAGCGUGGACAAACUUGAAGCAAUACUCAGCACCAGAAUCACAAAAGAAAACAAUGCUGUAGCCAUGCUGUCUGCGCGCAUUACAAACAUUGAAGACACCCUAUUGUCUAAGACAAAGGUCGCGCUCCACGACAAGACGGCAAAGGAAAGUGACGUUGAGGUGCUAAGAAGACGUGUGAGAUCCCUGGAGACAGAAAACAAAAACUUGAGACAAAGAAUAGCGGCCCUGGAGGAGAAAAGUGUCAAAAGUGCAGUUUCCAUAGCAACACAAAGUGACACAACAGCAGCUCCACAAGCACCGAAUGAAGACGAACCAGGCAACGAAACUGUUGUACCCAAUAUUCAGACAAACAACAGGUUCCUCCCUCUAACGGAAGAGACAAUACCCCAAGAAGAGCAGACAACAAACAGUUCUGAGAGGACAACCAGCCCACACAACGUCAAUAGACCACAGAGAGGCGCGCCUCCCAACCGGCGUCACCAGGCCAGCGAAAACCAGUCUCAGACAGACAUAGUCAUAGUGGGAGACUCGAACACAAGGGGUAUAAUCCCAACAAUGCUGUACCCCGGUAAGAAAGUCGCAAAAUACUCAGCAAUGACUAUCCCUCAGGCUUCUGCCCUGAUCAAAAACACCGCUGACCUUGACCCAAAAUGCAUAGUCUUCCACGUGGGGACCAAUGACAUAAGACAAGAGAAGGCAGCACACGGGGUAACAGAAAACCUCAGAGAGUUAGUGACCACCACACACACUAAGUACCCUAAUGCAGCUAUCGUUAUGUCCACGGUCCCACCCAGGAACGACAAUCACUUGAUGGAAGUGACACGCGAUGUAAACUCCUUCAUUCAGAUUCUUGGCCAGGAGACCCCUUUCAUUACCAUUGCAAACAAUGACAACCUCGGAGAUGGUAAACUGAUCAAACAAUCCCUCUACCGACCUGAUGGGUACCACCUCAACACAGGAGGACUAAAGGUCUUGGCAGCUAAUUGGAAGACUGCCAUCCACCCAAGUGUAGGUCUCGGGAUCUACGACAGGAGAAGACGGAAUAACGUCACACCUGUUCAGCCAAGAAACGGAAGAGUACACCGUACAUCCCGCGACCAACCAAGAGACGGAAGGAACAGCGGUACUCCUAACACUCGUACCGUAAGCCCAACAUCGUCCUCACAAACAAGCAGAGACAACGGACGCAACACGGACGACGUGCAAACUCCAAGGAGUGACGAGGGUUACAGGGCAACUAACCGGCUCCCCCCUGAUCCCCGUAAUAGGGGACCUGCACUCUUCGCCCAAGGACCAGAGGCAGCUUGGCCAACACCGAGGGAAGCUGCCGACAGACGACACCCAGCCAGGAGGCCGCAUCCACCGAUGGGCCCAGCGCACGAGGCAGUGUGGCCAACACCGAGAGAAGCGGCCGACAUGCGACACCCAGUCAGCAGACAGCACCCGCCGAGAGGCCCAGCCAUCCCACUACGGCCGUUCUCUCCAUACGUCCCCGACUACGAACACUUCUAUUCGAACUGGUAUCCAGAGACCUGGGGCGUACCACGGCCGUGGUUCUCCCCGGAGUUCCCGCAGAGGUAUCAAGACUGGCACGCACGUUACUAACUUGUGCUGGCUGAAGGUAUGAUGAAUUACGUUGUAAACGAUGUUUGAAAUCGAGACUAGUAAUAGGAUAACACGUUGAUAGUAUGGAAUAGGAAUUCAUGUACUAGUAAUAUGACAAUAAGAUAAGUUAGAUAUUAGUUAAUGCAGAAAUAGAUCCAUUUUUUCUAACAUACCAAUAUUGUCGUAAAGGUAGGGACAAAGUACUACCAGUAUUUACAAUUCUAAUCUCAUGUCAGUGAACAUCGGAUUUUGGAACAUACAUGGGUUAGGGAAGAAACUUGAGGACAGUAGUGUUAGGAAUAAAUUAGAUAGUUUAGACUUCUUCUCUCUAAUUGAAACUUGGUGCACAGAAGCUUCGGAAGUUGACAUCCCAAAUUUUCAGCAUUUCUCUUCAAUAAGACCCAAACAUAGAAAAGCUCGACGAAAUUCUGGAGGAAUAUUAUUCUAUUUCAAAAGCAAACUGGCAAGGUUUGUCAAACGAGAACAUGGCACGUCCGAAUGUCCAGAUUUAC